AGUACACAGAACACGUAAUUACUGUAUUUGAUUAUUGAAAGUACAUCUAUUGACGGCAGACCGCGAAGGAGAUGGCGGCACGAUCUUGACGUCUUUCGAAAAGAUUGGCCAAACAUUGCCUUAAACCGAGACGCGUGGAAGAAAGAGAGGGAGGCCUUUGCCCAGCAGUGGGACACAACAGGCUAACAAAUAAAUAAAUAACACAUAAAUAAUUUACCAGAACUGGAGUAAGUCAGGGCAGCAACUUGGGGCCGUUAGAAUUUGUCAUAAUGAUUAACGAUCUGCCAGAAGUAGUGAAAGAGUCUCAAUGCUUACUGUUCGCUGACGACCUCAAGUUGCUCCUGGCGAUCAAAGACGAAGAAGACUGCAAGCGGCUUCAGAGGGACGUGGACAGAGUGGUGGAGUGGAGCCGGAGAAACAAGUUGGAGUUUAAUGUAGACAAAUGCGUGACAAUUACAUUUACCCGGGCUAAAACACCACUCUCCUACAAUUAUUUGGUGUCAGGGUCGAAAUUGAACCGAGUGCAGUCGGUAAAGGAUUUAGGAGUACUUUUAAAUGCAGAACUGACUUUCAGAGACCAUAUUGUCAGCAAGUGCAAGAAAGCGUUCCGAAUCCUAGGAUUUGUGCUUCGACGAGCAGUGGGGUUUAAGAGUGUGAAGGCCAUUUCGGCUUUGUACAACGCCCUGGUACGAAGCCAACUGGAAUGUAAUGCUGCAAUCUGGGCCCCGCAUGAGACGAAGUACAGCAUAAUGAUAGAAAGGAUACAAAAUAAGUUCACGAGGUACAUCUACUUAAAACUGUACGGAGUGUAUCCUUUCUAUCCGCUUAUGUAUCCCACGUUGUUCGUUAUAGGUAUGGUGGGCUAUAACAAAUUAGAAACACGGAGGGAUCUGUCACUCGCAUGCUACGUGGUGAAGAUCCUUCGCGGCAGUAUUCACAACCCGGGGAUCUUACAGCAGAUGAAUCUGUACGUGCCCAAUGGCUACGUGGAGCGGAGGCGGCGGCCGCAGCUGCUGGUGGAACCGAUCGGCAGAACCAACCUGCUUCGCGUCACCGGCCGUGCAAGAGUUCAAAAUUCGGGUCCCUAAGAAUGUGAAAAAGAAACAUCAUGUGAUGCGUUUUAAUGCCACAUUGAAUGUAGAUUUUGCAAAAUGGACUCAAGUUAAGAUGGAGAGGGAGAACAACAUUAAGGAAUUCAAAGGAUUAGAUGAAGACAUGCCCAAAUUUGGUGCUGGCUCAGAGUACGGGCGAGACAUUCGUGAAGAAGCUCGCCGCAAGAAGUUCGGGAUCAUCUCGCGAAAGUACAAGCCUGAAGAUCAACCAUGGAUAUUGAAAGUGGGAGGGAAAACAGGAAAAAAGUUCAAGGGCAUCCGCGAGGGCGGCGUGUCGGAGAACGCGGCGUACUACGUGUUCACGCACGCCGCCGACUCCGCCAUCGACGCCUACCCCUUGCAGGAGUGGUAUAACUUUCAACCAAUUCAAAGAUACAAAGCGUUGUCUGCGGAAGAAGCCGAACAGGAAUUCGGAAGACGCAACAAAGUGAUAAACUACUUUUCGCUGAUGUUCCGGAAGCGCAUGCGCGGCGACGACGCGGCCGAUGACGGCGAAGACCCCGACGACAAGAAGACUAAAGGAGCCAAGGCGAAGAAAGAGUUAAAGAUAUCCGAUAUGGACGAAUGGAUUGAUUCCGACGACGACUCCUCCGGCUCCGAGGCUGCAGAAAAAGACAACGACAGCGACUCAGGCGCCAAGAAGAAACCAAAUAAAAAAGGUCCGGUGAAGAAGAAGAAAAAAGUGGAGGACGAGGCGUUCGAGGAGAGCGACGACGGCGACGAGGAGGGCCGCGAGCGCGACUACAUCUCCGACUCCUCCGACAGUGAGACAGACCACGAGGCGAAGGCGAACAAAGAGCUCAAAGGAGUAGCAGAAGAAGACGCACUCAGGAAGCUGCUGACAUCGGACGAGGACAGCGAGGAGGAGCAGGAGCAGAAGGAGGCGUCGGAGCCGGAGGACGAGCCGACGCGCGAGGGCGAGGAGCGCGCCAGCAAGCUCACCAAGAAGAGGCGCGCCGACGACAAGCACCACUCCAGCUCCGAGCUCAGCGAGGACUCCGACACCGACGCCGAGGCGCCGCCCAAGAAGCCCAAGAAGCGCAAGGAGCCCGCCGCCGCACCCACGCCCAGCUCAGCGAGCGCCCCGGGCAGCGCCAGCACGUCUCGCUCUGGGUCGCCCGCGCCCGCGGCCGCCGCCGCCGCCGCCGCCCACGCCGCCGCCGCCGCUGCCGCAGCCAACGCGCCGCCCGCCAAGCGGCCCAAGAUCGAUCCCUCCUACACCGAGUGUGGCGUGACGGAGGAGGCGGUGCGGCGCUACCUGGCGCGCAAGCCCAUGACCACCACCGAGCUGCUCACCAAGUUCAAGUCCAAGCUCACCGGCGUCAGCUCCGAGCGCCUGCUCGAGACCAUGACGCAGAUCCUCAAGCGCAUCAACCCCGUCAAGCAGAACAUCAAUGGGAAGAUGUAUUUAAGUAUCAAAAACAACUAAUUUAUUUAUCUCAACUUCGCUCUUCACUAUUCAUUAUUCAAAGCGUAGUGCGCCCGUGGUUACGUUUGAUUUGACACUCACAUAGGGCUGCCAAUUUCGCCAAACCCGGACAAAGAUACAAAAAACCCGGACAUUUGACGUAAAUCGCAAUUUUUCCCCGGACGAGUCAGAAUUUAUUUAAAAAAAAACAUCUCCUUCAAUUUUCAUCAAUAUUUUUUUACAUUUCCCACAAUGUGUAAUUCGCGAGAAGAAACACCAAAAAAAAUUUUUUAAGCUAGGUAAAUUUUAUGUUUUUUCUACUCAGAAUCACAAGCCCUUUCGAUCUAGGACAAAAAACAAAAAAGUGGUCACAAAAAUGUCUAUUAUUUUGCGUACUUUUCACUUUGUAACCGCUGUACAGUGUUUGAAAAAUGGUAACGAAGUGGAAAAAUUUGGGACGCUUUUUUUUACCUAGUAGGAUCGAAAGAGCUCGUGAUUCUGAGUAGGAAAAACAUUAAAUUUACCUA